CUGUUUGAGGCCGGAAGGGGCGGUGUCGUCAUUUCCGGUGGCGGAGAACGGGAAGAUGGCGGUCAGAUGAGUGUUCGGUGUUGCGGUCGGUGAGCGGAGAAGAGGUGACGUCACACCAUGACGCGGGACGCGGAGUCACGUGAUGAGCUGCCGGAUUGGGCCGGAGCCAAAGAGUUCUACCAGAAGUACGACCCGAAGGAGAUCAUCGGCCGGGGAGUGUCCAGCACGGUGCGGAGAUGUAUACACCGGGAGACGGGGAGAGAAUUUGCCGCAAAGAUUAUCGAGGUGACUCCGGAGAGACUGAGCCCCGAGCAACUGCAGGAGGUGCGACUUUCUACCGCCAAGGAGCUCGAGAUCCUCCACCAAGUGUCCCACCACCCCUCCAUCAUCUCCCUCAUCGAUUCCUACGAGUCUUCCACCUUCAUCUUCCUGGUGUUUGACCUGAUGAAGAGAGGAGAGCUGUUUGAUUAUCUGACGGAGAAAGUCAAGCUGAGUGAGAAGGAGACGCGGUGUAUCAUGCGCUCCCUGCUGGAGGCCGUGUCUUUUCUGCACAGAAAUCACAUCGUUCACCGAGACCUGAAACCAGAGAACAUCCUGAUGGACGAUUCGCUCAACAUCAAGCUGUCCGACUUCGGCUUCAGCUGCGUCCUGAGACCUUCCGAGAAGCUGAGGGAGCUGUGUGGAACUCCGGGGUAUUUGGCUCCAGAGAUUCUGAAGUGUUCUAUGGAUGAGACUCACCCUGGAUAUGGCAAGGAGGUGGACCUGUGGGCGUGCGGUGUGAUCAUGUUUACCCUGCUGGCCGGCUCCCCUCCAUUCUGGCACCGCAGACAGAUGCUGAUGCUUCGUAUGAUCAUGGAUGGACGCUUCCAGUUUACUUCUCCAGAGUGGGAUGACCGAUCUGCAACAGUAAAGGACCUGAUCACCCGUCUCCUCGAGGUAUCGCCAGAAAAGCGUCUUACGGCAGACCAGGUGCUACAGCAUCCCUUCUUCCAGAGUCACCAGAGAGAGGAAGGCUCAACUGUCACUCCUUAUUACCGUUUCCGGAGGGCAGCCUGGGCAGCUUUGGCAUGUGUGCGAAUACUGAUGAGGUGGCGGAGAGCCCGACCCGUUACUAGUGAACUUCUUGUUCUGGACCCAUACGGUAUAAAAGGUGUACGGCGGCUGAUCGAUGCCUGCGCCUUCCGGAUCUAUGGGCACUGGGUGAAAAAGGGAGAGAGACAAAAUCGGGCGGCUUUAUUCCAGAACCAGCCGAAGGCUCUGCUGCUAACACUGGGGGAGGACGAGGAUCAGGAUGGCGAGCUGUAACUUUCUGGGGUCCCGUAUCUGGAAAUGGGCCAAGAUGGAAGAAUCGUGAUCCUGCGCGGCAUCCUGUCCACAUUCCAUCUUCUGAUACACGCCGUCCCUGGACUCGACAGGUUGGCCAGGGACCUCUGAAGCCAACUUCAGAGACCUCUGUUUACUGCACGUGGUCUUUGUGUUCUGGUGACUCGAAGAUUGGGGGGGGGGGGGUUAGAGGACACUUUCUGGGUACAUCAGUCACAAGAGAUACACUAACCAUAAACUUCCAUUCGUUUUUUUUAUUCAUAUUUAUGUUACAAAAUAAAAUAAAAUGUCUAACGAGAUCGAUAACCACAGAAAA